AUGCUUGAUACAGUAACCAGUACUCCAAUCAAUGCCAAACCUCUAUUUGGCGAAGUUUCAGAUGUUCAGCAGAAUCAAGAGGGAAAAGUUUUCUUGGAAGUUGGUGAUAUGUGGUUGAACACAACAUGGUUCGUUUACCUUGAUACGUAG